GUAGCCAUUGCCUAUACCAUUGCAUUUGUUAAUAUCCGUUAGAAGCAGAUGAUUUCAAAACUGAAAGUAUAAAUUCAGUCAGUGUGAGUUUUCUGGAACAGAGAACAAGGUCGUCAUACACUCUAAAAAGAUAAGGACAAAGGUGUUGCUAGGAUGUGGCCAUUUAAAAAAACGGGAAAAAAUACUCCUCCAUCUUUAGAGUAUGAUGAACCCUGGCGGUCCUUGGACUGGAACAAAGAUGCAGAGAAUAUUUUGACAACAAUAAACAAGUUCAAACCUGGGAACAAUGAAAUCAGAACUCUUAGAAUUCUUCUGCAUGGACCACAAGGUGCUGGAAAAUCAAGCUUCUUGAACUCUGUUAAUAGUGCUCUCCAGGGUCGCAUCACUACCAAAGCCCUGGCAGAAGCAACAGCUACUGGUCGUAGUUUUACUUUAAAGUGCACCAUACACAAAUUUAAGGACAAAGCAGAUACUUUUUAUCCUUUCACCUUCACUGAUAUUGCGGGUAUGGACAGUGAAGAUGCCUCAAUGAAGCCUGAUGACAUUAUCACUACAUUAAAAGGUCAUAUCAACGAUGGUUACACUUUUAACCCACGACAGCCAAUUACUGAAGAUGACCCAAAGUACAUCAAAAACCCUGAACUGAAAGACAGGAUUCACUGUCUGGUGGGCAUUAUUCCUGCUGACACUUUUUCUAUGAUGCAUGAAGUAAUUGAGAAAAUGAAAGCAGUUCGGGAGAAAGCACGUGAUCUGGGUAUUCCUCAAGCCGUUAUCAUGACCAAGGUGGAUGAAGCAUGUCCACUAGUUAAAGUUAAUCUUGAGAAGAUCUACACAAGCAAAAAAAUAAAACAGAAGAUGGAGGAGUUGUCUAACAGUCUGGGAGUUCCUGUGAGCUACAUUUAUCCUGUGAAGAACUACCACGAGGAACGUGUCACUAAUGCCAAACUGGAUGUUCUGAUUUUAGAUGCUUUGCAAAACAUUGUUAACUUUGCCAGUGACUAUGUGGAGGACCAAAUAGACCAUAAAUGAGUACCUGGAUGAUUUCUGAAUUCCAGAUUGUAUAGCAUGUGUGUGGUGUGUUUUUGUUUUUUGUUGUUGUUUUUUUUUGGAUGAGGCAAUGCUAUGCUAAAGUGCAUACAUGAAAUACUAGACUGCUGUUAGUAUAUAUAUAGAUAUACUGUUAUAUAGUUGUAUAGUUAUAGAUAACAUUGUUAUAUCAAUAUUCGGUAAAGAUAGAUAUAGGUAUUCAUGUAUUGUUUUAAUAAUUGUGUAGCUCAUUAUUGUACUGUGUGUUUAAAAUUUUCUUUAGUGCUCCAUAUCCAUUUGCUAAUAUCAGUAAAGAUGUGUGUAAUGAUAGUGUAAUAGUCUUUCUUUGAUCUGUGGGUGAAAUAUGCUACUAAAUCUGCUUCUAGAGAUAAGUAUUUUAUAAGUCAUUGUUCUUAUAAUGUUGUUCUGCAGAAUAUUCAGAUAUGUUGUUUUUUAUUGUUGUGUCCUGUUGACAUAUAAAUAUACAUGGAAGGGACCCUCAUGAAGGGAUUCAA